AUGCCUCCACAACAGAAGCAGCGAAAGAUGGCCAUUGUCGGCAGCAGAUCCGUAGGUACGUCGUUGAUAGCCAUGCCACGACUGAAGCCAGAAACUGACACGUCUCAGNGCAAGAGCUCACUGACUGUACAGUUCGUCGACGGUCACUUCGUCGAUUCAUACUACCCCACCAUUGAGAACACCUUCUCCAAGGUCAUCAAGCACAAGAACCAAGACUUUGCUGUAGAAAUCAUCGACACUGCUGGACAGUCAAGCACCAAAGNNGACGAGUAUACUAUUCUGAACAGCAAGCAUUUCAUUGGCAUCCAUGGAUACAUGAUUGUCUACAGCGUCGGUAGCAAGCAGAGCUUCGAGAUGGUGAGAAUCAUCCGCGACAAGAUUCUGAAUCACAUGGGUGCCGAAUCGGUCCCACUGAUCAUUGUCGGUAACAAGUCCGAUCUUCGACCGGAGCAACGUCAAGUCAAGGCUGAAGAUGGCCGAAAGCUGGCCGAGGAGCUCAAUUGCGGCUGGACAGAAGCAAGCGCCAGGUUCAAUGAGAACGUCGGCAAGGCUUUUGAGGGUAUGGUCGCCGAGAUCGAGAAGGGUCAGGAAGCUGGUCAGCCCAAGGAAGGCAAGAACUGCAUUGUCAUGUAA